AGUGGCGGUGGAGGAGGAGGCAAAUGUGGCGAUUCGUGCACCAAAGGCGGUCGACGGUGUGCAAGCUGCAAGUCUGGCAAGUGUAGCUCCUCACAUCGUUCAGGGCGUCGUUCGAGGCAUCGAUCGCGGGACUACAAGGGCACCAGUAGCAGCGGAAGCAGCGGCAAGUCUGGCCGACGUAGACGACGUCACGCUGCCAGCAGUGGUGACAGUCUUCACUCGCAGAGUCAUGACGGAGCUGAGUCCGGUCCAGAACUGGGACGCUCUGACGGAAAUGAGGAGUCUGGUGGGGCUGAGGAAAAGUCGUAUGCGGAUAGGAUUAUUAAAUUCGGCAGCAUGCCAUCUUAUCGGGAGGACAAGAUCAAACAGCGAGAGAACGAGUCCCUUGCGGAUGCCGCCAGUCCCUCGCCCAACAAUGGUUCUACAGUCUCCGCAAACCUCGGGAGUACAAUAGCCGCCACCGCCGCCUUCCUGGCC